GCGGCGGCGGCGGCGGCGGCGACUCCGGGCUGGCCCCUCCCUGCUCCGGCCCCUUCCUCCCCUCCCCCCCGGCGCGACCCCCGGGACUGCCCCCCGGCCGGCGAGCUCCAGGAUCAAGUUCUAGAAGUCCGUCUUCCCCAAAAGAAGGGACAGAAAGACCUCUUUGUAAAAAAGUCUUGGAUAUCCCAUGAACGAGACAGCAGAAAACCGGCUGGGGUGCAGCAGGACUCCAGAGCCAGAUAUAAGGCUCAGAAAAGGGCACCAACUCGAUGGGACAAGGAGAGGUGAUGAUGACAGUCCUCAGGGAGAUUUGGAGCCCAGCUUAGAGCCAUCUGUUCCGCGUUCCCGUCAUCAAACAAGCUCUGAGGAACGUGAGAGCCAUGAGGAAGCUUCACAGGAAGAUGAGGGAUUUAUGGGCAUGUCCCCUCUCCUACAAGCCCAUCAUGCUAUGGAAAGAAUGGAAGAGUUUGUUUGUAAGGUUUGGGAAGGUCGGUGGCGAGUGAUCCCUCAUGAUGUACUACCGGACUGGCUCAAAGAUAACGACUUCCUUCUACAUGGACACCGGCCCCCUAUGCCUUCCUUCCGGGCCUGUUUUAAGAGCAUUUUCAGAAUACACACAGAGACAGGAAACAUCUGGACACAUCUCUUAGGUUGUGUAUUCUUCCUGUGCCUGGGAAUCUUUUAUAUGUUUCGCCCAAACAUCUCCUUUGUAGCCCCUCUGCAAGAGAAGGUGGUCUUUGGCUUAUUCUUCUUGGGGGCCAUUCUCUGCCUUUCUUUUUCAUGGCUCUUCCACACAGUCUACUGCCAUUCAGAAGGGGUUUCCCGGCUCUUCUCUAAACUGGAUUACUCCGGGAUUGCUCUUCUGAUCAUGGGAAGUUUUGUUCCUUGGCUUUAUUAUUCUUUCUACUGUAACCCACAACCUUGCUUCAUCUACUUGAUUGUCAUUUGUGUGCUGGGCAUCGCAGCCAUUAUCGUCUCCCAGUGGGACAUGUUUGCCACCCCUCAGUAUCGAGGAGUACGAGCAGGAGUGUUUUUGGGUCUGGGCCUGAGCGGAAUCAUCCCUACCUUCCACUAUGUCAUCUCGGAGGGAUUCCUGAAGGCUGCCACCAUAGGACAGAUCGGGUGGUUGAUGUUGAUGGCCAGCCUCUAUAUCACAGGAGCUGCCCUGUACGCUGCCCGCAUCCCGGAACGCUUCUUUCCCGGCAAGUGUGACAUCUGGUUUCACUCCCAUCAGCUGUUUCACAUCUUCGUGGUCGCCGGCGCUUUCGUGCACUUCCACGGUGUCUCCAACCUCCAAGAAUUCCGUUUCAUGAUCGGCGGAGGCUGCAGCGAAGAGGACGCACUGUGAUCGCAGCCAGCAGCCAGGGAUGUGGCCCCUGACGCAGGCCUGCGUGCCGCAGGCCCCCGUACUGGAGCUUGGUGCCCGUGCUAGAGGAGCCCCCCACGCGACAGCCUCGCGGGCUCUGUGCCGCCCUAGGGACUCCACGUGAUCACGGCUGAGAAGAGAAAAACACAAAUAAAUCAUACCUCAAAGGAUGGAGUGCAUCAAUUUGGAGGAAAGGAGGAAUGGCCCCUGGCCCACACCCUGACGUCGUUCUGAGAUCUACCACUUGAGGGCUCGGCAAGACCCUUUGCAAACUGGCUUCUGAUCCAUAUCUUAUUUAUUUGUAGAAGAUGGGGCAACAGUUCAGAUGGUGGUUCUUCUCCUUAAAACAAUAAUACAACCAAUUUAGGUGAACAUUUAUAUCCUAUUAAGGGGUGGGAGUAUGAUUUUAGAUGUUCUUUUGAAAGAACAACGAAAUUAAUGUAAAUAAGAUUUCUAAUUUACUGUUUAAAUGAGAAAUUUAUAUAAAUGUUUAAAACCUAGGGGCAGGGGAGGGAGGGGGAAUUUUUGUAUAGGACAAAACAUGCAAGUACCACACACUGUUUAAAUUUUGCACAAAGUGACUGUAGGGAGAUCAGGUGGUGGCCCCGGGAUGUCUAAUGCCUUGGUGCGCCCAGGUGCCUUCUGAAGGCGGGCACCCUUUGGACUCCAGCGGGGCAGAGCGCGCAGCGGGCCCGAGAUCGAGGGAAGCGGUGUGUUUCUCGGCGGAAGCAGCGUGCGAGUGGCUGGCAGGCUGUUUCAGAUCAAGGCUCUGGGGGAGGCGUCACUGGAGAGAACGCUUCGUGUUCUGUGCCUGUUGCCGACCCUUCCUGGGGAGUCAGUUUCUGCCACCGAAGGGGUGUUGGAGACAGUGGGGUGGAGAAACUCGGACACGUUAGCACAGGUGCUGGUCUGUUUCUUUCCUGCAGAGCUGAUUCCGUCUGUGGCAUUUCGGGGGGUAUCUCAGCCGAUUGGAAGAUGCGAGUUUUCUGUAUCCUGCUGUGGAACUCUGGAAAUCUCUGGAAAUUUCCCUCUGUUGAAAAUCACUGCCCAGACGACACCUCUUCCUCCUAGGAAUGCACAGGGAUGUGUCCUUGGCAAGAUAGUGCCUGGCGUGCAACCAGUUGCUAAAGAGCUUCUAACCUGUUCACAUGCCCCCUGAGCUCGUCCAUGUUUGCUGGAGAGCACUUCUCCUGGAGUAGGAAAGAGAGAUUUCAUCUCUGGCACCUGGUCGAACAGGAAAGCCGACCGAGAACUCUUGUCAAGUAGGAUCCUCCCCCACCGUGACUUCCUAAAGUUCCUUUUCCCCACCCGCCGGGAUACCUUGGUGAAGGAAGUUUAAAAGGGAAACGUGCAGGUGAUUGCUGCGAAACGUGGUGGUGUCCUUAAAGUUAAGUCUCUGAAGAGCUGUUAGAAUUACAGCAGGAUUGCUCAUGUCCCUUUAUAGCGGUAGCAGGAGGGGCUUGGCUCGGAAUUCUGAUCCUUCAUCAUAGGGGAACCACCAAAGUAGCACUUGAGUCUUGGGUUCCUUCCUAUCGCCCAAGACAUCAGAUCACUAAGUUCGAUCCUGGGGACUGGCAUCCUUCAGUGGGCGAUUGGGAGUGUAGGAAUGGUCUUUUCUUCUGCCGGUCUAGAGUUUUCUCUGUUAUUUUUCUCCUUGCGCUCCUUCUGGUCUCCCGCAGAAGCCAGGGAACCAGGGAGGAGUCCAGUGUAGAACUUGGGAAAGAGUAUUUCAGUUCUGGAUAAGGUCACUGCCCGGGGUGCUAGGUGGACCCAGCAAAAAGACUCUGGGUGAACUGGUGCAGUGCCUGACAGAAUCAAGAGCAGUGUUGACUCCCGAGGGGAGAGCAGUGGCCAUCUGAAGGGAAGUGCUCUUAGUUGCAUGGAAGCCGCAGCACAUACCAGAAGCCAGACUUGCUCUUUGGUCUUGCACUUUGGGAUACAGGGUCUAAGAUGCAACCCUGUAACGCCACCGAUAGAAGGAGCAGAGUCUGGGCCCAGGACCCCACACCCCAAAGGCGGGGCUGAAUCCGGUUCAACAUAGCACAACCAUUAGAAAAACACGAACUAAAUUAACAUCAACAACGUGUCAUCCAGUAAAAUCUCCCUCUUUAGGGUGUGUGUGUGAGUGUGUGUAUGUGUGUGUGUGCCCAUUUCUCUGCGUGUGUGUCUGUGUGCGACUUACUACCAACAGCCUCGAUGUGCACUUGGUCCUACAGUGCUCGCUGAGAACUCUCACCAGGUUGGCGCCUGAAUGCCUUACUCUCAGCAACUAGAGGCUUGCUUGCUCUUUGUAGUUUUAAUUUACGUCUUUGGCCCUUGGCUGGGUAGGACCUCUACAGCUUCGUUCUUUGACCGUUAAAUAGUGGCCUUUUUCAGUAUUUCCCCCCUCCCCUUUCUAAAUCGCUGAAGCCACAAAGCACAUUUCAGGGGAGCAGCGGAGGUUGGGUUCCAAAAAGGCAUCUGUGUGAUGGUUUCAUUUGCCAUGGGAUUUCUCUACUUGCUGUAUUCUCAACUUCUAAUAAAAGAACCAAAUAGCAUA